UGAGAGAUGGCUGCUUCAAAUCAUUCUUCAGUGACUGACUUUAUCCUUGAAGGGUUAACAAACUGCCCAGAGCUCCAGCUGCCCCUCUUCCUUCUUUUCCUGGGAAUAUAUGUGGUUACAGUAGUGGGGAACUUGAGCAUGAUCCUCUUAAUUUCUAUCAGCUCUCAACUUCAUUCUCCAAUGUAUUAUUUUCUCAGUCACUUAUCAUUCAUUGACCUCUGUUACUCCUCUGUCAUUACUCCUAAGAUGCUGGUGAACUUCGUGUCAGAGGAGAACAUCAUCUCCUUUCUGGAGUGCAUGGCUCAACUUUACUUCUUCCUUAUUUUUGUAAUUGCCGAAGGGUACCUGCUGACAGCCAUGGCUUAUGACCGUUAUGCUGCUAUCUGUAGCCCACUGCUUUACAAUAUUGUCAUGUCCCAUAGGGUCUGCUCCAUCAUGAUGGCUGUGGUAUACUUCCUGGGUUUGUUUGGGGCCACAGUCCAUACUACCUUCAUGUCAAUGCUGUCAUUCUGUGGGUCUCAUGUUGUCAGUCAUUACUUUUGUGAUAUUCUUCCUUUACUGACCCUGUCUUGCUCCAGCACUCACAUCAAUGAGAUACUGCUGUUUAUUAUUGGAGGAGUUAACACCUUAGCACCUACGCUGGCUAUUCUCAUUUCUUAUGCUUUCAUCCUGUCUAGUAUCCUCCGCAUUCGAUCCACUGAGGGACGGUCAAAAGCCUUUGGCACAUGUAGCUCCCACCUCAUGGCUGUGGGCAUCUUUUUUGGGUCUAUCACAUUCAUGUAUUUCAAGCCCCCCUCCAGUGUUACCAUGGAAGAGGAGAAGGUAUCAUCUGUCUUCUAUACCACCGUGAUCCCCAUGCUGAACCCCCUGAUCUACAGCCUGAGGAACAAGGAUGUGAAGAAUGCACUGAGAAAAGUUGUUGGGGGAAGGUAG